AUGGCAUACGUGUUAACCGGAAACCUAUUGACGGCAAAAGCGGACUACUUCGAUGACUGUUUCCCUACGCCAUCGCCCAAUGGGCUGAACUCACGUGUCGUGCUCUCGCAUCAGACAUUCUUGGAAUUGGGGGAAAUGGAGCCUAAAACAUAUAACACUAAAGGUUUUGGUGAUUUAGCUGCCUUUCCCAAAACAAAUGCAAAACCAAAAGUUAUUGUCAAUAAUAUAUCCGCCAAAUGGAGUGAAGUAUGAAAUAUAGUAAACAUUGCAAUAUUUAUACUGUACUAGCUAAUAUUUAUUAUAUGUAAUCAGG